UUGCUAUUUUUCGCAAUUUCUUUUCUCCCAUUCGCCGGCUGAAAGUGUCUGCGGAAUUAACGGUUAUCGGGGAGGGGUGGGUGGUGCUGUCACGAAUUUGAGCGUGUGUGUGUGAUGCAGGCUGUGGGUGUUUGUACACACACAACAACAACAACUGCGAAGAGAGCCAAAAAGACAAGAGACAGCUGUGUGAUGGCUAUUUUUGUGUGAUUCAUGUUGUUUGUAAAAUUAAAUCUACUUGGUGUAUUUUUAACGAUGAUUUCAUAUCCGAUUCCAUGGCAUAAAAACACAACUAAUUCAUUGCCUGCCAGCAAGUGUAUGCAAAUUAACCCUUAGCAGCUGCCAUUGCGAUUGUUAACCCCCGAUAAGAAAAAGUAACUACUCAGCUGUUGUGGCCAUUUUUUGUUUUUGUUUCGCUGACUCACAGACACAUAGUUGAUAUAUGCAUGCAUGUAUGUAUGUAGUUUACGCAAGAGCAAACACGUUUGCUUGUGUUCGUGCGCGAAUGAGUCAAAAAGUUGGCCAAAACGCUUUUAUCAGCGAAUCGCGAUUGAAAAUCGGCAGAGAUUACCACUCACUCGAUUUCGGUGGAAGAAAAUAACACCUCGCCUUAUAAGGUGGGCGAUUUUCCUUCCACCAUUACGGACCCCCCUCCCCCCUGGUAAUUCGAGCUCACACACACUCUCGCGGCGGGAAUAACGGUUCCUCAGCUGCAGACAUUUAAUCUUCUUGGUUUCUAGUUUUUUCCCAUUUCUUCUUUGCUUUCUGCACGCAACAAACGCAUCUGCCGCAGAAAACGCAUCAAGACUGCAAGGAGAACUAGUAUCGCCAGGCGAAAGUUGAAUCUCGGCUUACUUCCCCUCCCUCCAAUCCACCGGCUACUGAUGCAUUUCCCACUCUAAUUGCCAGCCAUUUGUUUUAAGCUACUUAAAGACAAAAACAACGUCGCCGGUGCAAUAAACCCAUUGCACUAAGGCCAAAACAAAAACUGGAAGUUUGAGCUAUGUCGACGUCUUUAUACCCUUCUGCUUUACAAAUAACUCAACUCUUAUAUAGCCGGCCAAGAUAUGAUCAUUGCGUCUCUCUAUUAUUAAGCUUUCAAAGCUAUGUUCAUGCUCCAAAUGGAAACAUAGUUUCAUUCUCGAUCAUUCCUGGAAACUUUCCAAAUAGUAAAGAUAACUUGGGGUUGUCAAAACUAAUUGAUAGGCAAACCCUGCCAUGCCUUACAUGAUAAAACUAUGGGAUCGGCGUGGUGUUCCUUCACUUAAGUCGCGCCACCCGUGGCAAGGAGGGUAUCACGAAAUCACAGUGGUGUCUGCGCAACUCUCUCGGAGAGUUUUCCAUUUUCCGCCUGGACCGUAAGCUUUCUCUGCUGCAAAAGUGCAAGACAUCGCCGGAGCUGGCACAAAAUCCUGCAUGCCAGGCCAAAAGCGGUUAUUAAUGAAACAGAUUUCAUUGCCAGUCGGUGGCUGGCCCCAAAUGGUCAAAAGCAGAGCGGAGUAGCCCAACAAGGCGGCGAAACUCAACAGUUAACAGCGGAGCUCUCCUAACAGAGUCCUGUUGAGUCCUUCGAGUUCGAGUUCGAAAUCCAAUCGAAUCCGAGUGUGUGGGCGUGCGCUUCGUUUAGGGUGUGUUCUGUUCUCCGUGUGUAAUCGCAUUUGUGUGUCAUUUGGUUCCGUGCUUGGUCGGCAGUCACUUGACCCAGUUGGAGGCGCGGACAACUCGGAGGACCUUUUUAAUGUGCCAAUACAUUCGGGCCACACACUGGAUAUAUGUACACAGUGAGCAAGGAGUGGCCACGUCCUUUGGAAACCCGUUGAGUGUCUUGUAUGGCUGCUGCUGUUGCUGCUUCUACUGAUUCGACUUGGCUUGGUGUGCCGUCAGUGUUGUGACCGCCGCUUGAGCUUCACGGGCAUCCGCAGUCCAGCCACGGAACUUACAUAAUGUGCUUGAUUCGUAUCUAGAGUGUUGAGCACCGGAAAAGCCCAGCCAAGCGACUGCAAAAUGUUCUCCUGCUGCCGAUCGAACCCCAAGGCGGGCAAGAAGGAGAGAGAAAAACGGAGUGCGGAGGAGGAGAACGGAGGACAGGCCACCGAAAAGGAGGAACCCCAGCUGAACGGCAAGCCAGGAACUCCGAAGGAGGAGCCAGAGCCUGUGAAACCAGAAAAGGAGCCCUUGGAAGCGCAUAAUCCCGAGGAUGAGCCCAGCACCCAGCCAAACACUGCCCAACCAACUCAGGCUGAAGCGGCUAGCAAAGCACCACCAGCAAAUCCAGCACCAGCACCCAAAGAACCGGAGCCACUGGCCCGCUCCACGCACUCUUCCACAUCCACGGCACCACCUGCCUCGAUGACCAGCGGCGACGCGGAGGAGGCGGACGAAGUGGUGGUGGUGGCGACGGUGACGCCGACCACACCGCCUCCGCAGCCGCCGCCCACCAAGAGCUGCCUGUCCAGGCACAACUCCACGCAUCAGUCGAUCAAGAAGAAGGUGAACAUCAGCAACCGGGCGGAGAUCAUCGAGCCGGAUCCACUGCCACUGCUCCUGCUGGCCAGCCAGAAUCAGGGCUCCCUGCUGGACGACGACGAGGUGUUCUCCGACUCCCUGCCGCCACCGAAGCGGGAGAGCAUGUGUGCACCCUACAUCGAGGGGGAUGUCGUCUCGGAAACACUCUUCUUUGCCCACGGAUUGCCCUCGUGGUUCGACGACGAGCGCCUGAACGACAUCGGCUGCAUCGAGCCCCCGGUCACGCCGGUGGGACGCGACGAGCUGGAGCUGAAGCGCCAGCGUCUCUACACGGAGCUCCUGCGGGCCGCCCAUGCGGCUGUGGAGCAUAGCGUGGCCGUGCGGGGUAUGCAAGCUUCGAUAGAGUCCGAUUCUUUUGUUUCUUUUUUCGAUCUCAGCAGUAAUUUAAGCGGAUGCUUGACUUUCGAAGGAGUUUUGAGAGUCUAGCGAUUCACUUAACUUCCCGAUGGCCAAUAGGUUCGCAAGUCAAGUGUUUCCGUUUAAAGGUUCAACUUAGUUCUUCUCUCUUUUGAUUUUUCGUUGUCUUGUGCCGUUUUUGCAUGUGGUUUAUUACUUUCACUCGUUGGGAUUAGCUCUUUUUGCAUAUUGAACGUUAAAAGUAUUAAGCGCACCAGUUCAUCAUCAUCCACAAGCUCGUGAUGAGGUAUUCCUCUCGAGACACCUUAGUUUAUAUCGCCUUUUUGUCAGAUAUUGUGAGUGCACGAUUCACGGGGUUUAUCACGCUGAAGCAUCAUCUCACUCAAGUUACUUUCUUUAUAAACUCAGUGUUAUUUGAAUAAUUGGAGAUAAUUGCCAAACGAACUAACCAUUUGCCGUUCUCCUCCGCGUCAUU